AUGUCUUUACUACCACAUUUAGGCCCCGUCGGUGAAUACUUGAAGCAUCUACGGCAAUUAGUUCCCUUGAAAAUAUCACUGUCAACCACUCAAAAGAUGGUCUUGGUGUCUGUUGGGGCCAGUAUAUUAGUUGUCGGUGGUUUGGCCAGAUAUCUACGUCGAAAAAAACGCGUUAUUGAUCCGGCAAAAUUGAGACGGAAUAAUUUUAGUGGGAAACGGUCCAGAGCUUCUGGAGUACGAAGCCCCAAUGAUACCGUCAGUAUAGCGAGCAGCGGUAGAAGAAGUGCCGGGUACAGUAACAUUUACGGCGAUCGCUAUGCUAGGCAAAGUUCUACUAUUGCUAGUACUAGUGAAAAAACGUCCGUAGUGUCCGGUAGUUUAGCUAGUGGAUCUAUCACUCUAACUGCAGUAGAAGGUGGUGGAGGAGAUGGCGUUCUGACGCCUCAACAAUUAGGAGUAGUGGACGUGAUUAUCUCAUCAAACCUAGGUAUAUCAAAUCUCUACAAACAAACUAGCAAAUAUAAUAUCGCGGUAAUCCUGCUAUUGAGAAGCGUCGCGACGGAGUCUAGGCGACGCCUAAAUGUCUGCCGCCAUCUAUUGAAACUUGUAGACAUUCGUAAAAAAUGCAACGUCGUCGAUGUGGACGUAAGAUGUGAUGAGACAGUGAACAAUUUGAAUACAUAG